CAGGUUUGGGGAGAAGAGAGGGAAGGGAAUAGAACUGAGAGACAGAGCAGGACGAAGACAACGACAGAGCUGUUUGUACAGAACGGUGAAGAAUGCGGAUAGGUUAGACUCCUGACCACAGCCAGUGAUGGGUAGACUAUCAAGGGGCAAGAUUCCUGGAUUCUAUUAUUUGCUGAUUUUUGGAAUAACAGGAUCAGUCAUGCUCUGAAGGCCCUCAGCACACAACGGCCGAGGCACUGAGAGAAGCACAGGGGCGGAGGCUGGGAAACAGGGCCUGAGGAUUUAGACACUGAUCAAAGACAGCAUGAGAACAUCCAGGAAGGGAAGUGUGGAAAUGCCAGCUUUUGUCCGGCAGCUGGUGAAGGAGACAGAGAAACGAGUAACCUCUUUUUUUAAAGGGGGGCGUGGGGGAGGCGGGGGUGAGCCAGCUGAUAGCGAGGAGGCUGGAGAGGAGGAGGGGGUCAUCCCUAGUCCUUAUCUUGAACGUCCUGUGUUGGAUAAAUAUUUUGAAGAGGGCUGUGCCUCUUGGGGCCUCACCUAUGCUCUGGGCUGCAUGCAAGGCUGGAGGGCCCAUAUGGAGGACUUCCAUAACUGCUUCCCCCAGCUGGGUGGAGAGCUCUCUCACUGGGGCUUCUUUGCAGUGUAUGAUGGCCAUGCUGGCAGCACAGUAGCUCAACACUGCUCACGAAACCUACUGGAGCACAUACUAGGUACAGGUAAGAUCCGGGCAGAGGAAGAUGUGGAGCACGUAACUGAGGGCAUACGGGAAGGCUUCUUCCUCAUGGACAAACACCUCUAUGCAAUGGCUUGCCGUGAGGGCUGGGAGCGUGGUGGCACCACUGUGGUCUCCACUGUGAUCACUCCACACCACAUCUACUUUGCAAACUGCGGAGACUCACGGGCAGUUCUGUGCCGUGCCGGGUGUGUGGCGUUUUCGACCGAAGACCACAAGCCAUUCAGUCCUGGAGAGAAGGAGCGCAUUGAGAAUGCUGGCGGCUCAGUCACUUUGCAGCGCGUUAAUGGCUCCCUGGCCGUCUCCAGAGCUCUUGGCGACUUCAGCUACAAGUCGGUCGAGUGGCGCCCAGCGACUGAGCAGAUGGUCUCUCCAGAGCCAGAAAUCACAGCCGUGGAGCGCUCACCAGCGGACGAGUUCAUAGUUCUGGCAUGUGAUGGUGUUUGGGACACAGUCAGUAACGAGGAGCUCUGUGCAUUCGUGCGCAGCCGACUGCGAGUGUGUACAGACCUGCGAGAGGUCUGCUCUCAGGUCAUCGACCUUUGUCUUUAUAAGGGAAGUCUUGACAAUAUCAGCGUCAUAGUGUUGUGUUUCCCUGGCGCCCCCCAGCUUUCUCCUGAGGCACUGCACCAGGAGGCUGAGUUAGAGGACUACCUGGAGUCAAAGGUUGCAGAGAUCUUCGAGGAACUGAGUGGAAGAGGAGACGAGCCUGAUCUCUUAUCAGUUCUUACUGUUCUGGCUUCAAAUGAGAUCCCUGGACUACCACCAGGGGGUGGCCUUCAGAGCAAACGAAACUGUAUCAUCUCUGCUUACUAUCAGCAAAAGGAGGCCCGUAAAGCCAGAUUAGCCCAGGAACUCGGUUCUGCAGAUUCCACUUAGAGUCGUCUCCCAAACCCUUCCUACAGACAGACUGACACCUGUACGUCGUGUCGUCUGAUGAAAUCUUUCUAUUAUGAGUAAGAAAUGGGUUUAUCUGACUUUAGUCAACAUUGUUUUCUUAUUGGGGGUGGGGGGGGGGGGGGAUCUCUCCAUUAGAACUAGCUAGAAGGAUUAUUACAAACCACACAAUUCUCAAGAUAAUAACUAAUGAAUGUAAUGUAUAUGUACUUAGGUUCCUGACAUAUUUCCAGAACGAUUUCCUAUAUAUAUAUGAUAAAUAUAUUCAAUGUAAUAAUGGCAACACUCAGGUAAUUUGUAAAAAAAAAAACAAAAAAAAAAAAAAAAAAAAAAAAAACAAACAAACUUGAAAACAAAGACUUUUGGAGUUUUAAAGAAAUAUUCUGAUGUUUAAAGAUUUGUAGCAUUGAGUCUCACUGAGUUGGUCAGAAUGACAUGUUCCUGAUUAGUCAUGUUCUGCAUGCCAACGCUGUACGAUUACCCGACGCAGACACGUACAGCGAGUUCUGUGAGAUAUCCCAACGUACAGACCCACAUCGCAGAUGCUCACGAAGAUCUUCAAAUGUCUUUUCCUGUAAUUUGAUCUGAUGUUUGCAUGAUCUGUAUUGUGCUGCCUUACUGACCACUUAUAACAACGAUUAGAUGGACAGCAUUAAUAUUAUUAAUAGAUUUCCUAGUGUCUUUUAAAUUGGAUUAAUUAUUGUAUAAUGUUAUGUGAAAUGGCCUUUGUGCAUAUUUUACACACCUUGUAUAUGAACAACGUUUGUGGUAAUGUAAAGGUCAAAUCCUCAAUAAUAAAGGAAUAAAACCAGAACAGCUGGUUAAUAAAAUGUGGGUUUAUUUGUA